AUGGCGGCAAUUGAUAGAGACUAUGCACGACACGUAACAUUCAUUGAGGAGGGUCAGGAUAUCUCGUGCAGAGACGCACUCAAAGCCAUCGAGCCACGCGGAUUUUAUAUCCGCCAACCACCUAAGCCUCAUGAACUGGAUCAAGAGAUCACUGAUGACUCGCAGCUUUUCCAGACAAUUCAUAUGGGGGCAGCAGUGGUGGCCGAGGAGACAUGGAGGCUCUUGUUAGAUGGAAUGGUUGACUCGCCAUUCUCGAUUUCCUUUGCAGAGCUGAAAAGCAUGCCAAAAACCACAAUUACAGCCUUUCAUGAAUGCUAUGGCAGUCCCGUACUGCCCCCUGACAAAGCACUGUGGAGAGUAGGCAAUGUGCAAUGGACUGGUGUCAGACUAGCCGACUUGAUCCGGCUCGCUAACCCGAAGACAGGCGCAAGAUACGUUUGGUCGCAAGGCCUCGAAUGGGGCUCUUUCGCUAAUGUUACAGCAAAAUACUUUGAAAAGGACAUUACCAUGCAGAAAGCCAUGCAGCCAGAAAAUCUGAUUGCAUACGAGAUAAAUGGUAGGCCUCUGGAUAAGAAUCGUGGCGGUCCAGUACGGUUAGUGGUCCCUGGAUGGUUCGGAACCAACUCUACAAAGUGGUUGUGUCACUUGACCCUGCAAGAUGGUCGAGCCACGGGCCCUUUCACCACUAAAUUCUAUAAUGAGAUCGACCCGAAUGACCCUUCUAGGUCGAGGAUGAGACCAGUGUGGAUGGUUGAACCUAACUCAAUGAUUGUGCGCCCGAAGCCUGGAGAAGUUCUCCCUGAUCGAGAAGUUGAGAUUUGGGGCAGAGCAUGGGGCUGCGAGGAAAUCAAGUGCGUUGACAUUAGUGUCGAUGAUGGCCACUCAUGGAUAUCUCCGGCUGAUGUUCACCUUGAACCACGCACAUCCUAUGAGUGGCAAUUGUUCCGCGCUAAAGUGUUGCUCGAAGGAAAGGGAAAACACCACUUGGUAGCGAGAGCGAAAGAUAGGAUCGGCAAUCAACAGCCACUAUCGGGUCGGAGGAAUCAUGUGCAUCGGGUGGAUGUUUACAUAUCAUAA